AUGGAGGACGUCAGUCUGAGGGCGGUGAAUUCCUUUAAUGGCCGUGAUGAGGCGGAGGAGAUGACUUGUGGGGGCCGUGAUGCGACGGAGGAGAUGGCUUGUGGUGGCUGUGAUGAGGUGGAGGAGAUGGCUUGUGGUGGCCGUGAUGAGGCGGAGGAGCAGGCUUGUCGUGACCGUGAUGCUUCGCAGGAGAAGGCUUGUGGUGGCCAUGAUGCGGGGAAGGCUUGUGGUGUCCGUGAUGAGGAGAAGGCUUGUCAUGGCCAUGGUGCGGAGAAGGCUUGUGGUGGCCGUGAUGCGGUGCAGGAGCAGGCUUGUGGUGAGCGUGAUGAUGCGCGGGAGCAGGCUUGUGGUGGCCAUCAUGAUGAGGCGGAGGAGAAGGCUUGUCGUGGCCAUGAUGCUGAGCAGGAGAAGGCUUGUGUUGGCCGUGAUGUGGCGCAGGAGCAGGCUUGUGGUGGCCAUCAUGAUGAGGCGGAGGAGAAGGCUUGUCGUGGCCGUGAUGCUGCGCAGGAGAAGGCUUGUGUUGGCCGUGAUGUGGCGCGGGAGCAGGCUUGUGGUGGCCAUCAUGAUGGGGCGGAGGCGGGACACGGUUUGCGCGCAUUGUAA